AUGCCGAGGGUUGUUAAUAACGCGUUAUUUAAGAACAUGCAAGCUCUUAGUAAAAGAGCAUUUCAUGUAUCUCCCUGUAUAUCAAGAGGGAGAUCGUCUUUUUUUAAUAUACAUAAGAAGGUGACUGAACCUGAAAAACAAGACCCAGAUUUUUUUGAAAAGAGAGCUCGUAAACUUCCAUUAGAUGAUCACUAUAUAACAGCUUUGGGUAAACUGUAUUAUGAAAAAAUCGGCUCGGAGAGAGAUUUAGGGUUGAAAGCUGCUGAUAACUUGGUUGCUAACACUGAGACUUUUGGUCUUCCUGAGGUAGACAAAAGCAAACCAAGGACAGCUUUUAAAAACUUAGAUGAGCUUGCUAAAGCUCCGGAUGCGGUAAAAAAAAUAUUCAGUAUUGAAUUCGGUACUCGCAGAGAUUUAACAACAGAAUGGAAAAAUCUAAUGAUCAGUAAGGUUAAUCGGCAUUCACUUGAUGGGGAAAGUCCGGAAAUGAAAAUUGCUUGGAUGACAGCGCUUAUCCGUCAUUGGUCCCAGCUCGUGGAUGAAAUAAGUAAAACAACUCCCAAAAAACCUACUUGGUUAACUCAUCGAAUUUGGUUGUUUGUGAAUCAUAGAAGAAAGAUGCUUCGUAUUCUCAGAGAGAAGGAUGCGGAGGCUUUCGAUAGAGUUAUUAAUGAACUGAAGAUUGCUUAUCAUGUACCUAAGCAGCCUGAGCAUGUCAAAACAAGAAAAGCGUGGGCUGAAGCUCAGUUGCAGUUAAGAGUAGAAGAAGAAAAAGAAAAAAGAUUACACUCUCUUCAUGAGAAGUUCAUUGGUGAACGUGAAGGGAAGUUAGCCAAGAAUCAAAAAAGGAAAUCUGAUCUUGAGGAAGAGCUGAAAAAAAUCGAACAGUCUAUGCACAACAUUUCCGUACUGGAAGGAAAAGUUACAGAUGUGCAAGGUGUGUAUGAGCCUUCGUUAGUUGGAAACUUAUCAGAAACUGUUAUGCACUCGAAUCUCUUCUACCAUCCGAAGCCUACAAUGGCUAAGCAAUAUUAG